ACGAGUCAGUUAAUCUGUGAUGCUCGUAACUGACGAUUUAUUUAUUAUGUGUCUUAUAGAAAUUGAGGAAAUCGAUCGUGGAACGUCGACGAUUGUGCUCAAUCGGAUUGACAGUACAUUUGAAUUGCUAAAUCGAGCGAUCGCCGAAUUGGAAUGGCAGACUCUCGCAAACCGCUCGAUUGUACCAUCAGAAAUAUAUAUGCACUUUGUUCGUCUGAAAGUAAAGUUAAGGAACGAAUGGUGCGCAAAAUUGAUGGACCUUCAAAAUGAUGGCGCAUCCGUGAAUGGAAAAUUGCUACGCUUUUUGUGCAAAGGACCGAAAUAUACCGAUGAAAUAGCAAGAAAAAUCACUGCUAUCAACGAAGUGUUGUCAUCCGCAUACAACUCCGCACGGAUUUGCAAAAUUGAAAAUUACGUACAAAGAUGUUACAGCGGUGAAUUAGACGUAGGAAAGUUAAUGGCAACUUCAAGGCGCGUUACAAUUACAGCCGUAUCUGAAUUAUCGAGUACACGGAGAGAAUUUUCCCUUCAAAUUUACCUUGAAAAUCGUACAAUCAAAGAAGGAAUAUCGGAUACCCUUUGUUGA